GUAAGUUUUAUAUUAAAGUAGUCCAUUUUUUUGCCUAUGUAAACAAAAUACGUGUAGGUGGGAAUGCAUGUAGAAGAACACCACAGGACUGCAGAGAUUUUUUUGCAAAUUCUAUGGGCGCUCAUGACAGAACCAACAUCUUCCUGGAGCGCCGCCCGAACGCAACAGAGCCAUCGCCAUGGACUGCGCCGUCAACGUAGGGUUGAGAUGUCAGGAAGUGCUGAUGUCUGUGUUCGAGUACCAGCAGGGAUUCCCCCGCGAUGUCGUUGAAGUGACUCGCGCCGUGACGUUUGCAGAAGACGCCGUGGAGUUGUUUCAUCAAGAUGCUCGUCGACUGGUGCUACCUGGUACAGAGCAGAAAGCGUUCUUCACUGCCGUCGUAAAGCUCCAAAACUCCGUUGAACGGUGGCUGGCCGAGCGAGGAUCGUCAGGGGUGUCCAGGCUUCUUCGAAUCCAACCGAGAAUGAGCAUCGCCUUGUUCAUUUGGUCGGCCUCGACCAACAAUCUGUCACUCUUGCGGUCGCUGGACAUCCCCAAGAAUGACCGAUAUGGCCGCCUUGCCACUGCACUUGCGGCAUGGCAUGGUCAUUUGGAUGCACUGGUCUACUUGAGCCAUCACGUUCCCAUUCAAAGCCUUCCCCAUGGAGUUGUCGACGGCGCUGCAGCUCGCGGACACCUCGACACAGUGCGAUUCCUUUGCACAUGUGGCGCAUCAGUAUGGCGACCAGUCAACGUCGCAGCGUCAUGUGGCCAUCUUCAUGUGGUCCAGUAUCUCCAUGCCAACAAGAUCGGGCGACUGUUGGCGACCGCGUUGGACAACGCGGUUGAAGGUGGCCAUUUGAACGUUGUCGACUAUCUCCGACGCCAUCACGUUGCGGAUACAUGCUCGUCGAGAGCUUUCAUUGCCGCGGUUGCCAAGGGUCACGCAGCCAUGGUGCAUUACUUGGUCCAAGAGAACUUGGCUCCAGUCACGAACAGCGCCAUAGAUGUUGCCAAGUUCAACGGCGACCACGAAAUGGUCCAAUUCUUGUUGUCUGCUGGUCGUCGGCAGUCAGGACGAGCAGAAUAGUUUCGUUGAUGCAAUCGAAAUCCCACCACGCACCUACCGGCCAUGUGUCCUGGGUCAAUUUGACAAGUGAAUCGCUUGGUUGAUUGUGGGAGAGAUUGUGUGUCAUGUUGGUGGCGUAAUCACGUCUCGUGGAAACAGGUAAUGAGCGUGUAAGGGUGAUGAAGCCACAUUGUUCCAGGCCAUGUCGCACGCCACCACCUCAUCAUCGGUGGCCGGCGGUGCGGCGAGAGUCCUCUUCAGAGCACAACACGGUUGAGCCUCGGCGAGUUGUUGCGCGUUCGAGACAUUGACGUUCCAAAAUCAGCUAAACAUUCUUGAACACUGACGUGACUGCUCGCCCUGGCUACCCUGUUUGUGCAGGGAAACGUACGAAGGCCGCUCCAGCUAGCGCGCCGAUCGCGCUAUGCCAAUAUUUUCCCAGGACGUUGGGUUCCUGCCGAUGGAGAUUGUGUCGGCGCUGCUCGUCGACCGAAAUCG